UUGUACGGGGCAACACGCCAAGAUUCGCUCUUUAUUAGAUUCAGAGGCUUAAUCCGCCAUUAGAAAGGAUUUUCCGGCUCGUACGCUAAUUGUAGAAUUCCUCAUUCGACACCCUUAAGAGGAAAACGCUUUGUAGCAGAGUAAAGAUAAGGAAAUACAGACUUCGAUGUGACGAUGUCGUCCUACCAGACGACCUAUGAUGAACCUUUAGGAAUCGUGCCUCACCAAGUUUAUAUCUACGCCUCCCAAAUCUACCACAGGCUGUACCACAAACGGCCAUCGGACCAGGAGUCCAUCAGAUACGGAAACGUCAAGGGAGGUCUAGAGAUCAACCAUGUAGAAGACGAAGCGACGAGAAGACAGACCUUUAAGCUGGCGUACGCGGCACUGAAGUACCAGGACCUGCUGGAGGACGUCAUCAUCGAGUCCGGGUUCCAGUCGAGCAACCCGCUGCCGCAGGAGUCCAUGUGCCUCACAGUGGUGGCGUUUUAUGUGCUGCUCAACAACAAGUUCUACCUGCCGAGACGGCAUCGCAGGGGGCCGGUUAUAGAAGAGGUAAUACUAUACGUUUUACCUGCCAAGGCGGCAUCGCAGGGGGCGGUUAUAGAGGAGGUCCAAGAAGUGCAAGACGCCUUACAGUCCGCUAAGACGGGGCUGAACGCCACCUUGGCCCGGUUAAGGAUUCGGGACCGGAUCCUGACUCUGGACUCACUCCUCCCGGAUAACAUCAGGAACAGGGACAACUACGCCAGAACGCUCCCUGUUUACGGUUGGGUUAACACCGUCAAGUCUUGCUUCGAGGAAGUAGUGACGGGAUUGGAGGAAGACGGUUUCAAGGCGCCCGACCCCGACGACGAGGCAUUCGAAGGAAGGGUGUACAAGAAACUGCUGCACUUCUCGGACACUCUCGUCUUCCCAGGGGAGAACAAAGAGAGGUUACGAGACCACCCGCUUGUGCAGAACGGGAGCCUGAUACUCCAGGACCGGUCUGUGGCCAUGCCAGCCUACACCAUCAAGUCUCUUCUCAGUCUCAACUCCGGAUGUGACGUCAUGUGCACGCAUGCGGGGUCCGGACACCUGGCUGCGCACGUUUGGACACUCUUAGACCGGGAAGAGUUUCAGGUGUACGCCCUUGGCGCGCGGACCCCGGAGCAGGCCAGUACCCUGAGGGGCACGAUGUCCCAGAUGGGGAUGCAGUACGUCAAGGUGCUGCAGGAGAACUUUAUGGACAUCCGGCCGGACGACCCGCGCAUGCACAACCUUCAGGUUAUCCUCCUAAACCCGCCCAACUCGCAAUCCGGCCUGUGUAACCCGAUGGAGUCACUCGUCCACGGCGAGGCAGACGUCGGCAUUCUCAAGGAAUUCUCGUCGAAGAAAUUCAGCUCAGGAAAGCUCGGCGACCUCGUUUCCACUCAGGUGAACCUUAUCAAGCACGCCAUGGGGUUUCCCACGGUCAAGUUCAUCGUGUACUUCACGUCUUCCGUCUUUAAGGAGGAGAACGAGGAGGCGUUGGCGAAAGCGCAAGAACAAAUGAACCCAGUGAUCAACAAAACGCCCGGCCUCCUCCCGUUUAAGGUUCGUGCCUCGCCGCUUCCCAUCGCCAAGACGAGUCAGGACCCUACGUACGUCAAGUUCCCGAUGUCGUCGGAAAUGAACGGCUGUUUCGUCGGGAUUCUGGAGAGAAAGGGCGACACUAGAGAGUUGCUUGCCAGAGCGCAGAAGUUUGACCUCGGGAUAUAAAGGACUCGCUGUCGAUGAAUUUUAGACAUCCAGGUAAUAAGAUAUGCCCAAAAGCAGCUAUUCAAGCAACCGGAUAUAAUUUUGAAAACGGUCAGACGUUUCAGAUAGUAUCCAUCUUUCGUCAGUGACACUGAAGUGAUCUGGAAAAAGUGGUCGUUUAUACCCUAUGGAUGAAGACAGUUUCAGAUGUCCAAUUCAGGAAAUAGGAAAUAAAGUAAGACAAAGUCAAGCAGAAGACAAUUUUGGAUUCAAUAUGGGAAACAUAGCUAAGACAAAGUUGAUGCAAAUGAGUCAAUAAGCUCCUGUUGUUCCUGACUCGCCUGGAAUCCACCCUCGGUUUGAACUGCGCAUGGUCGAAGGUCCCUAACUUGUAAAGAAGUCUUGUGAAGGUCAUGAUCAUGUUCGAUACAUGUCAGACUCGUUUGGUCUCGGGGGCCUUAAUUCUACUUCUUACGUAUUCGGCUGCUUACAGGCAUAUGCGCACAUGGAACUAGAAUAUGAUAGAAGGGCUACAUUUUCCAUUUAAUAAGAAAUAGAACUUCGGAGGGUAUAGUGGAAGAUAUGAUUGGAAUGAUGAUUAGUGCAAGGAAUUUCGACUUAAAAGAAAUUACAUGAUAGGGGCAAGUAGAAAAUGAAAAGUAGAGUUAGCCAGUGUUUGGAUCCAUAUUUUAGACACGUGCACGUGUCGCCAUACAAAUGGAUCUUCAGAUAUUGUAUUUGAUUCGUUUGAUAAAACUGGCAUUUUGUACGAACAUACUGGCAAUAAGUGAUUUAGCUGUAUAUAAAAAAGUAUUAUCUAUAUAGAAAUGUGGCAAAUAAGUAAAAACAAGUUUUAAUGGAAAAUUGAUAUAUAUCCGUUCGAAGCAAACAUCUAGUAAAUGUAUAGUUCAAGAAUCCAAAUACAUGUACAUUGUUCGCCUGAGAAACAUACUAAGCAUUAUUUAGCUAAAUUAGUAUCUACAUGCUUGAACAAUGCAAUAUACUACAUCAAUUUGAAAAGCAAUGAGAAAACAAAACAUACUCUUUUAGAAUAUAGUACUGCAUAAUUUAGAACUUUUGUAUGUAUAGUUCUACCUUAGAUAUUUCAAACUCAAUAAAAAUCAUUCCUUCUGUGAAUGCUGUCAUAAAGAUAUUUUCAGUGUGUGUGUUUGGCGGACUGUGUUCUACCAUCUUGUUUCGAGAAGUAGAACUAGCUAUUACAGUUCCAAGAAAAGUUGCAGAACUAAAAAAAAAAUUCUCCGGUAACUGGAAUUUUUUGCGGAUGUUGCAAUAAUAUAUCACUGCAGACUCCACAAAUAUCUCAACUUACAUGCUUUAAUUUUCACAACAUUUACAAAAUCUCACAGAGAAAAGUAUAAACAGUGUAACACAAGAUGCAAGUGUCUCCACUGACAGAGCAUGUACAUGUAUGGAUAUGGCAUAUCAGUAGUUAGUAACAUGUUCAGAAGCCUUUUUCACUAAGCAAAUAAAAUCGUCGUACCAUUGUAAAUAAAUUCAUUCCAGAAGUAUGUUUUGCGACAGUGAAAAAGUCCCUUCAAACUUUCUUCAGACAUGCUACAUUCUUGACUGAAAAUUUACAAGAGUCAAAGAAAUUUCAUAUGUUAAGAAAUAUAAAAA